CGCUCUUUUUCUACCAUACCGUCACGGAGAUAGGACGUGCGUUUUAGUUGCGCUAAUUUGAUUGCCCGUCGGCUAAAAUAUAAGAAAAAUCAGUGCAACUUACUGCCCACAGAGGCUGCAUCAUUUAUUCUAAUUCCAUUCUUUUAAAAAACAUAGAAAGCCAGUUAAAUACACUUUCAUUGAACAGUUCUUGCUUGUCGGUGUGUAUGUUUAUUCAUACAUAUAUACAUUAACAACAUUAGCCACUUGACAUAGUACCAACUAUAAAUAACAAGCUUCAUUCAAAAUGCCGCAAAAGACCAAUGGACACACCGCUACCAACGCCAACGGCUUUAAUGGCAGCAAUGGCAAUGGAAAUUCCUACGAUAUGGAAGAUGGACAAACUUUUCUAUUUACUUCCGAAUCCGUGGGCGAGGGACACCCAGACAAAAUGUGCGAUCAAAUUAGUGAUGCCAUCCUAGAUGCCCAUCUACGACAAGAUCCUAACGCUAAAGUGGCCUGUGAAACGGUGGCAAAGACUGGCAUGAUUCUGCUCUGCGGUGAAAUUACAUCCAAGGCAGUGGUUGACUAUCAAAAGGUUGUGCGUGAGACGGUCCAACAUAUUGGUUACGAUGACUCCUCGAAGGGUUUCGAUUAUAAAACAUGCAACGUUCUCUUGGCAUUGGAUCAACAAUCGCCUGAAAUUGCUGCUGGUGUGCAUGUUAAUCGCCCUGAGGAAGAAAUCGGUGCCGGAGACCAGGGUAUUAUGUUUGGCUAUGCUACCGACGAGACAGAGGAGUGCAUGCCUCUAACGGUCGUGCUGGCACAUAAACUAAACGAAAAGAUUGCAGAGUUGCGACGAUCGGAUGUCUUCUGGUGGGCUCGUCCAGAUUCUAAGACACAAGUCACCUGCGAGUAUCUCUUUAACCAGGGAUCGGCUGUGCCUAAGCGCGUGCAUACUAUUGUUGUAUCAAUGCAGCAUUCGGAUAAAAUUGCGCUGGACACUCUUCGCUCGGAGGUUAUGGAAAAGGUAGUUAAAGUUGUCAUUCCCGCCAAAUACUUUGAUGCCAAUACCAUUGUGCACAUAAAUCCCUGUGGACUGUUUGUCAUUGGCGGUCCAAUGGGUGACGCUGGUUUGACCGGCCGUAAAAUCAUAGUGGACACAUAUGGCGGCUGGGGUGCACAUGGUGGUGGUGCAUUUUCCGGUAAGGAUUUCACAAAGGUCGAUAGGUCAGCGGCUUACGCAGCGCGUUGGGUUGCAAAAUCGCUGGUAAAAGCCGGGCUCUGCAAGCGAUGCUUGGUGCAGGUCUCGUACGCGAUUGGUUUGGCAGAGCCGCUUUCCAUAACCGUUUUUGACUACGGCACCUCCCACAAGUCACAAAAGGAACUUCUGGACAUUAUCAAGCGCAACUUUGACUUACGGCCCGGCAUGAUUGUCAAAGACCUAAAUCUACGCCAACCAAUUUACCAGCGCACCAGCACGUACGGCCACUUUGGUCGUGAUGGUUUCUCAUGGGAGCAGGCAAAACAUUUGGAAACCAAUUGACUAGAUGCCGAAAUGUCGUUGCCACAGCCACCGUGUGCUAAGAAACUAAGGACAUUAAAAGAAACAAUAACAGCAACAUAAUUUUUAGUUUUUAGUUUAAAAGAGUAAGUGGCGCCAGCAAUAGGCUUGGCAGCUUUUUAGGCUUUCAUUUCUUAUCUAUAAACUCUUUCUUUAUAGUUCAUACGCAUUGUGUGUAUGCAGCAAUUUAUACAAUUUAGUUGUACGGGUCAUAAUUGCAUAUAUGAACUUACUGUCAGUAAGAAGCUCAAUUACCAAUUUGAGAGCUUAUGUUUUAUUUGAUCAAUAUGUUACCUACCACAUCAAAGCUGUUUUCUUAUCCGUUUUCAAAACUUGUAUAAAAUAUUAAUAUAAAUAGUAACCAUUCUCAUGUUUUGAAUAUUGUAAUACCUUGUGCCCCUUUUACGGGUUUUUAACUUAAUAUUGUGGUGCAAUUGUAUACAACUGGCAAUGGGAGAUAUUUCCCAUGUUCAAAAAAUGUAAUAGUUUUCGAAUGCCAUCAUCAACGGAUUCAAAUGCCAAGUCUGUUAUAAUUGACAUACAUUUAGAUGGUUCAGACCCGGGCAUAGGGUAUUGUAUGUGUUGAAAAGAGCAUUCUUAUUUGUUUGUAAAUUGCUAUGUUGUCUUUUGUCGAUGUUGGUAUUUAACCAAUCUUUUAAACAACCUAAUUGUACAUUACUUAGACUUACCAAGUUUUGUAUUUGCUGUAUUUUCCUUUACAAAAAUAUAUUUUUAAAA